AUGGGAGAUCCAACAAAACUAUCAACGUUUGAGCUGGAAGCAUUGAACGCUCACAAUGAGUACAGGAGACUUCAUGCAACACCCCCUCUGACCUACAACAAAGAAAUGAUCAAGGACUGCCAAGAAUGGGCCGAAGUUCUGGCACCCAAAGGGGACAUGGAGCACAGUGAUACAAAGAAUGGAGAAAACAUUUGGUAUAAGUGGAGCUCUGGGGAGAUGGUGUUUACAGGCAAGGAUCCAGUGGACGCCUGGUAUGAGGAAAUUAAAGACUAUGACUAUAGCAAUCCUGGAUUUGCCGCCGCAACUGGCCACUUUACACAGCUGCUAUGGAAAGAUACUAAAGAAAUGGCAAUUGCCUACUCGGUGAGCGGACAGGUAGCAAUCUCGGUGGCCCAUUACUCCCCAGCCGGAAACAUCACAAAUGAGGGGUAUUUUGAGGCUAAUGUUCUGCCUCUUGCUGCUGCACCAGAGGAGCCAGCUGCAGAAGUAGAGGCAGCACCAGAAGCAGAUGAACCCGAAGCUCCAGCUGCUGAGCCAGAACCUGCAGAACCAGAGACAGCACCAGAACCAGAAGCAGCACCAGAACUAGAACCAGAGGCAGCACCAGAACCAGAACCAGAGGCAGCACCAGCACCAGAACCAGAACCAGAGGCAGCACCAGAACCAGAACCAGAGCCAGAGGCAGCACCAGAGCCAGAGCCAGAGGCAGCACCAGAACCAGAGCCAGAACCAGAACUAGAGGCAACACCAGAACCAGAACUAGAGGCAGCACCAGAACCAGAACCAGAGGCAGCUGCCAGAACUGAGGAGCCUACAUCUGGAGGUACAUCUACUCUUGAACCAGAACUAGCACCAGAAAUAGAGGCCAGCACAGCAGAGGUAGCUCCAGCAGAACCCACAGAAACCAAGAUGACCAAGUUUGAGGUGGAAGCUUUGGAGGCCCAUAAUCACUACAGAAGCCUGCAUGACACACCUGCUCUCCAGUACAGUAAAAACUUGCAAGAAGAAUGUGAAAAAUGGGCAGAGUUUCUGGCAACAACUGGAAUUGUAGAGCAAAGUCGUACCAAAAAUGGAGAGAACAUUUGGACUACAGUCUCCGCUCAGGAAGUUUCAGGUGUAUAUUUCCCUCUCCUCUUCUUAUUUUCCCUCUUUGUGACUCUAUUAGUUCUGCGCUUUGCUCUGUGCCUUACUCAACAUGGUUUCCUGUAG